UGACCGUACAGCGUCUUAUCCGUCAGCGCCACCACCAGCUUCAGGUUCACCAAACUGAAGCAGCAAACCACCAAUAAAAUUUAAGAGUCCUCGCGCAAAAAGCUACUACGAGUGCAGCGACCUACUGGUCUGAGACGCUGUGGAUCUCCCGCGUCGCCGCGCGCAUUUGCUCCGUGAGGGGUGGCGGCGUCUCCAUCUUCGCUCCUCAGGUUCUUCAAUGCGGUCUCUUACAACUUACACGCCUUCCAUUGGUCAAAAGUUGUCCCAUACAAAUACCAAGUAAAGCGCCGCCACGUACGUCACUUCACAAUUUAUCGCCAAUCCACCAUGGGCUCGUCGGAAGAUGCCGCUGCCUCUAAGCCUGCUGCCGACGCUCCGCCAGCCCAAGAGGCGACACCCGACAAGGACCAAGAGACCAAGAUGCUGAUGCACGACGAACGCUCCUGCAUCUUCGAGACGCGCAUCGAGCGCGCAGAUCUGUGCCGCCAACGAGGCUCCGCGCAGUUCAAAGCUGGCGACAUUGCAGGAGCUGUGACGUGGUACGAGCGCGCACUUUACCACGUGGACUUUGACGAGGGCACGUGGCAUUUCGAGAGCUGGCAACUCGCACUUACUGUGGUCAUUGCGUGGCAGUUUACCAAGAAGAACCGAGCGGAUGUGAACGUGGUGCGGCUGCCGGUGUAUCUGAACCUGGCGGCGUGCUUUUUGGCCCAAGGAGCGCCUAAAACUGGGGAGAAAGACGACGAGUUGCUGGCCAAAGUGGUGGAGAACGCGAACUUGGCGCUGGCGAUCGACCCGGAAAACGACAAGGCGUUGUACCGUGGAGGAAAGGCGCUGCUGCUGACGGGAGACCUGGACGGAGCUAAGGAGAAACUGAGUAAGGCGGCGAAGCACCACCCGACGGAUCGGAAUAUCAGAGAGACCAUGGCGACGUUGAAGGAGAAGCUGGCGGAGCAGAAGCAGGAGGAGAAGGAGCGUUGGGGUGGACGACUGCUGGAUGAGAAGGAGGUUGCGGGUGAGAGCAAGGGCAUCGGCAAGGCGCAACAGCAACAGCGGCAACUGAAGAAGCCAAGUGAAUCGAAUGCGCUGUGGAUGUUCGCCAUUGUGCUGAUCGGCAUCGCGCUGGCGCUUGGCCAGCUCAGUUUCGUGGAGUAA